CUUUUAUUCCUCUGGCUCGUCUGUAGCGCGCGCUCUUCAUCGUCGGCGCACCCGCUUUACAUCUGACAUUUUCAAUAUGUCACAUACAAUCCGUGGGUUGAAGGGCGACCUGAUCACGCGCGAGUCGUCGGAGUACCGUGCCGCUAUCACUCGCUGGGCUGCAACCGCAGAACGGCAGGCUGAGGUUGUCGUCUUCGUGAAAGACGCAGGCGACGUCUCUCUCGCGAUCAAAUAUGCAAAAGACCAUGAAUAUCCCAUUGCCAUUCGCGAUGGGGGGUACAGCGUUUCAGGCGCCUCGUCGGCUGAGAAGGGCCUUGUCAUCGACUGCUCGAGGUACCUUGAUUACGCAGAUGUCGACUCUGUGGGAAGUACUGUGCGUGUCGGAGGCGGAACUACGUGGGAAACUGUGAACAAAGCGACGAUGGCUCACGGCCUCGCGACAGUCGGAGGGACCAUCGACAAGAUUGGUGUAGCAGGGUUGACUCUGGUUGGGGGAUACGGCUAUCUAUCAGGACUUCACGGCUUGGCUCUCGACAGUCUAGAAGAGGCGACUGUCGUCGUUGCAGAUGGCUCUAUACUACGCGCCAGCAAGUCAACAAAUCCGGAUCUCUUCUACGCCAUUCGCGGUGGUGGUUCGAACUUCGGCGUCGUCACUCAGCUGACGUUCAGGCUUUACCCUCAACGUCGAACAGUAUACGCUGGGAAGCUCGUCUUCGCUAGAGAUGCGGCCAAAGCUGUCCUGGAGCUUACCGUGGACUGGCGAACCGGGGAGGAAGACCCGAACGCAUCGAUGAUCCAGGUUUUCAAACCGGACUCUGAAGGAAAGCCAAAGAUUCUCUGUUUCCUUUAUUACAACGGGUCGGAAGCUGAAGGUCGACAUCACUUCCGGCGACUACUCGAAAUUGGCCCAAUAACGGAUGACACGGCGGAUAUUCCGUACGCAAAGACAGGGGAGAUGAUGAAUUUCCUCUUCCCUCCAGGGCGUGGGGUCUACCAAAAGGGCAUCCCUCAGCGUCGGCCAGAUGUCAACUCCACCCUCGAGGUCAUAGAUCGUCUUGCCGAUGCAUCCCAUCCCGGUGGCCCGUCCCCCCUUGUCGUCUGCGAGUACUUCCCGCUUCAAAGGAUCCUCGCCUCUGACCCGAACGACGAAACUUCGUGCCUCCGCCGGGAUACGAGCAUCGUCGGGAUAUACGCAUUCUGGGACGAGCUUACGGCGGAGAACUUCAACAAAGGUCAAGCUAUUGUCCGCGACAUAGCGACGAUCGUCCAGAAAUCUCAUUCAUACCUGGCUGAGCCCGAUGAAAGAGGGGAGAGGGGGCAGCCAGACGACAAGGCGAGAGCGACAUUUGGGGCGAAGUACCCGAAGUUGCAGCAUAUAAAGAAAAAGUACGACCCCGAAAACAUAUUCAAUAGAUGGUGCCCUAUCACACCUGCGUAGACCCGCCGUCGCUGUUGUACACAUUGCUAUCGAUACAUCGCUAAUAUACAAGUAAAUCUCGAAUGGCGCUGUUCCCCCUCGAGAGGUCGCGCAGCAUGACAAGGAACCCCGGCUUUUUGGACAACGUACGCCAUUCGUCACCUGCGAGGACGAUCCUCCGUAGCGAUGGAAAAUUCUCCUUGGUGAAGAUGCCUAAGUGCAAGCGGAAGUGGGUCCAAACCAUUUGCCCUUCACCAAUGAGCUGGUCCGCGGCGCCGUGAAG